CACCAGGCUCUGAACUCCCCGUGUGUGAAGGGAGGACAGACACACACACACACACACACACACUCUCUCUCCUCGAACUCCUGGAGCAGAGAUGUUCAGGGUUCGGGCCGCUCUCGCCUGCGCUCUGCUGCUGCUGUCGGCGGGCGCUGUGGAUUUGGGAGGCUCUCCGUCCGGCUUCUACCCGCGCUUCAAUCCCUUCUUCUUCCUGUGCACCCACCACGGUGAGCUGGAGGGCCCCGGGGCCGAGGGAGGAGGAGAGGUGCUGCUCACCUUCCAGAUCCAGGGGAGCCCCAGCGCAUACGUCCCGGGACAGGAGUACCAGGUUACAAUCUCCACCAGUACCUACUUCGAUGGGCUGCUGGUCACCGGUCUCUACACUUCCACUUCUGUCCAGUCAUCUCCCAUCCCUGCGUCUCCAGCCUUUGGCUUCGGGGUGAUGUCAGACAGACAGUUCGGGACUCAGUUUGUGUGCAGUGUGGUGGCGUCUCACGUCAGUCACCUGCCCUCCACCAGCCUCAGCUUCAUCUGGAUCGCUCCUCCGCCCGGCACCGGCUGCGUCAACUUCAUGGCCACAGCGACGCACCGAGGACAGAUCAUCUUCAAGGACGCUCUGGCGCAGCAGCUCUGUGAGCAGGGAGCUCCCACUGAAUCUCCUCUUCGGCCCAGUCUAGCUGUGGUUCAUGGUGAUCAUGCUGUUCUCCGGGAUGAUUUUGAACACAACUCACAAGAAGAGCUUAAUCUCAAUAUCUGGUCAGACUGCAGUAACUGUGAGGUUGGAGAGCAGUGCGGUGUGCUGAUGCACCUAAGGACAGAGACAACUUGUAAUCCCUAA